AGUAAAGAUUUGUCUAUUUGAUUUGAUAUAUGUGCCAACAACGAGCAACCCCACCCAGAAGCCUAAACAAAAAGUAUCCGCCGUAGUUUUCAAUCAGAGACGCUAUUGACUUUUGAGGACCCAAGUGUUGCAAGAAGUACCUCUACGGAUGUUGACUGCCGACUUCCACGUGGUCUGCGGUCUCUGCUAGUCUGGAUCGUUCUACAACACGUCGGUGAAACUACAUUCUGCGAGCAGUUCCAAAGUCGAAGAUUUAUCUUGCUGCCAUCCUGGUCCGCUCCAAGUCACGUACCCUGCUGCAGUUGCGGCUGAUAAGAAGUACACGAAGAGCUUCAUAAUUUCGCCGCUCAUCGUCUCGUCGCUCUACGCCUGUUGUCGAAGGACCCGAGCUUGUUACCGAAGCACGCGACGUCGCCCAGCUGUUCUGAAAGAAAAUCGGAAUAAGCGUAAACCGCAGAGGACCCAUACUAAGAGGUAUACGCAGAUGUUGGCAGUGGCGGUCGUUUUGUCGUUCGUGUCCGUGCUGCCUCCGGCUUCUUGUACCGGAAAAACAAAAAAGAUUGCAAAUAAAGUGACAACCACCUCAGCAAGUGACGAUUCUGAUGAUGAUCCAAAUCGUUCCCUUCGCGACGCCCUAGGAAAGGGAAAGAUGGGGGACGCGGAUAAGGCGCUUAAGAGCGCAAUCAAAAAAGACGGAAAAACUUUUCUCGAGACGCACGCGCGCCCAGCCCUUGAGUCGAUGGCGACGAAGGUCGGAGAAACGCUAGACACGCUCAUAGAGCAAGUAUCAGAAGCAGGCACCUCAGCAGGCGCCCGCCCACUUUAUGAGCCGAUGCACACGUAUUGGUACGAUGUUAAGAAGCCUGAGGACGUAAACAACGACCUGAACAAACUGCGGGAAAUCGGAACCAGUCUUGCCCUAAAUCAUCUCAAACAAGAACCACGCGGCCGCGCCGAUGAAGACACAUCAUUUUCUGGUCUGUCCGCUUUUGUGACGGCCGCGCCACCUGGUCCUUUGCGUGUUUCUCUUGCAAUCGGUGCAGGUCUGCCCGACCUCGUGAGAAAAUUGCAGGAUGGUCCUCUGCGUGAUGCUCUUGAUUCCGCGGUGCGGUCCAAGUCCAGCUCCUUCCUUUCCCGUCGGAUGGCCCCGAAGCACGCUCGACAACAACGGCUGGUUAUGGCGUAAAGGCUCCCUCGCCCGCUAUACAAUACAUCCCUAUUUGUUCUUCAUUUCUCAAAAGAGAGCUCGCUGUUGUUCGAUCCCCGUACUACGUCUAUAUCGUUUUUACUUUUACAACUAGCAGCUAAUGACCACAUGACAUAAGGAAUCAUCUCUCACCGCUUUUUUUUUUACACUUUCUUGACUUGGAUCGUUUUUCUCAUGUUGAUCGUUUUCCGCUAUCUUGGUCAAUCAUCUUCCUUUCAGGUUUUUCUUCGAAAGAUCACUAGACCACCCGGUAAAUAAGUAGUCGCUAGUACCGGGUCAAAGUACUUGACGUUUUCAACAUUUACACUUUCACCCAUUUUGGCAUCUUAAUUUUUUUCUCUGUUCCAGCUCUUGAUGGAUAUAAUUGGGCGGAGAUAAUGUUGAAUGAAGUCAAGACCAACAAUUUACGUUCGAAUCAUAUAGGUAGAAUUCAAACUCAUCCGGCAGGAGCGACAUCUAUUCCGCGUGAUUGGGCAAAUAGCACUGUUCUUCUUCGCAGCUUUAGGAGCUUUGUCUGAUCCAU